CCGGAAGGCACGGCCGGAAGGGGCGGGCACUGCGCCCGGUGGGGCCUUCGCGCCAUGGCUUCUCGCGGCGUCGUUGGCCUCUUCUUGCUCUCCGCUCUCCCUCUCCUGUGUCUGGAGCUACGGCGCGGGAUCCCGAGCCUCGGAAUUAAAGAUCUCAUCUUGCUGAGUGGCCGGAUAUUCCUGUUGCUUGCCCUGCUGACCCUCGGCAUCUCUGUGGCCACCUCCUGGUUUAACUCACCUAAACCUUCCCGAGUUCACGUGAAAGAAGGAGAAGAGAAUGAGAAAAGGCAACGACUCGUGAGGAAAAAGCAACAGGAGGCCCAGGGUGAGCAGGCCAGCAGAUAUAUACAGAAUGUUUUAAAACCUCAGCAGGAAAUGAAAUUGAAGAGAUUAGAAGAACGGUUUUAUCAGAUGACGGGUGAAACCUGGAAAUUAACUCCUGGCCACAAACUCGAGGGGGAUGAAGAUUUGGUGCUUGGAAAUUCGAGCCAGACAUCUUUUGAAACAGCAAACAGGGAAGCAGCCAGAAGACGGAACUUGCCCAAGCUUUUAACUGAAGUCUCACCACCUGCUCCACAGCCCGCCAAGAAGGAGGUUCCUGACUUACCUGACGAACCAUCAGAAACAGCUGAGGAGGUAGUUACCGUUGCCCUUCGAUGCCCAAGUGGGCGUGUUUUGAGGAGGAGAUUUUUCAAGUCUUGGAAUUCACAGGUCUUAUUUGACUGGAUGAUGAAAAUUGGGUACCACAAAUCCCUGUACAGCCUUUCUACUUCCUUUCCCAGACGACCUCUGGAAGCGGACGGAGACUUGUCACUGGAGGACAUAGGGAUAACUGUGGACACUGUACUUAAUGUGGAAGAGAAAGAACAGAGUGGCCAGUAAAAUCGGAACUACCUGUUGUCCUUCGAGCGUUCACAUUAAAGCCAUGCUGUACGUUGUGCUCCUCUUGUUCACAGGAGCAUACCUACAUACAAUGGAAGAGGAUUGCUUGAUAUGGAAAGCUUUGUGGACUGUACCAUCUUACAGUGUACCCAAGUGAGAACAAGGUAAAAAGGAUGCAAGACAUCUGACAGGUCUGGGCCAGGCAAGGGGGCACAUGCCUCCCGGAAAGUCUGAGUUAGACCGUCUUAAAACAAACCAAUUAGCUGAUAAAGAACUGUGAUUUCUGCUUCUUGAAUCUACAGUAUUUAACAAUUCAGCCAAGCCCUUCAAAUCAGUAGGAAUACUGAUUCCACUGUAUUUCUAAAAACUUAAAAAAAAGUCUUUAACGAAAUUUCAGAGUGGACUGAUUCUAUCUAAUUUUGACCUAAAUCUGAGGGUGAAGUUUUUGCCACAGUAACUUUGGGGAACACAUUGAAACUGCAGUAAGCAUGGCCAUUGUUGGUAGGUGCAUUUUGUGGGAACACACUUUUACUGGAAGUCAGAGUUUGAGCUUAUUUUUGCUCUCAAAGUUUUUGACAACAGCUGUGGCUACAAGCUAGAUUCUGACCAAUUAGUAUUUUGGGUGUAUAGGUGAAUCUGUUCCACCUGGACCAAAGGUUGGGGAAUUCAAGUCUCCUUCUAUCAUGUUAAAAAAGUCUGUUUGCCCCUCCUCCUCCUCCUUUUGGAGUUAAGUAUAUAAGCGUGUAGAAAAUAAACGAGGCGGAUUCAGUAUUCACUGAAUGUCCCUCCUGAUGCUGUUCUGUGUUUGUCUUUUAUCUCUCUCCUCCUUUUACUUAAUAACCCUAAUCCUCAUGCUCUUACCCUGGAAUGCAUGAGAAGCUGGUCUUUGACAGUAUUUGGAGUGUGAGCUGUUGUAUACACUGAUACCCUUAAGAGUCUGUCUUCAGAGAUCUUUCUUAACCUUUGAUAUUUUGGAGAUGGAGUCUCAUAGAGUCCGGGGUGAUCUUGAACUCUCCUGGAUCCUCCUGUCCCCCAUCCCAAGUGUUAGGAUUACAGGUCUAAACCUCUGCUCCCAGUUUAUGAAGUGGUAGGAUUUCAUUAUGCCCAGCAAAGUCUAUACUAACUACAUUUCAGCCCCAUAUUUCCUAUCUUUCCAUUUCCAAGCUACCCAAGUCUUUGCUUUUGGCGUUUGUCUUAAUCACUCUACAGCUAGAUUUAGAGAGGCUAGAGCCUGGUAUUCAUGACCUUGGAAUAGUAACCAUCACUGCUGAUCUGAACUCAGAUCAGUUCAUUACUAUUUCUAGGUUAAGGGAGAUAACCUGUCUUGGCUUUUAAAGUUUCUUGUUUAUUUAGUCUAUCGUUAUUAAAGCAGACAGUCCAAAUUUUGUACUUAAAAUUAUGAACAAAUCAACACAAACCACCCAAUGAAAUGUUUAGAAAUGUAAAAAAUGGCUCUUUAAUGGUCUAAAAGUUAUCAGCAAAUAUUCGAUUUUGUUCUGCUUCUAAAUGUAAACUAUAAACAAACAUUGUAUAACCUGGACCUGAAUAUAAGGCCUGCAGUGAGGACCCGUAAACUCAGAAGUAUAGCUGCUUCUUUUUAUUACACAUCAGAUGUCUGUGGCACGGGGAGGUAGAGUCAGGAGAACCAAGAGCUCAAGCUCUUCUGGACUAUAUGAGACCAUCUCAAAAGCCCAAAGUAAAUGAAAAAAAAAAAAAAAAAAAACCACCAACCACAGUCUUGAGUAUUUGUAUCAAGUUUUAAAAUGCAGUGCUUCCAUUUAAUGCAUACCACAGUUAAUGUUUUUGUUUAAACUGGAAAGUUUAUUUGUUCAGUCCACCAAAUAGGAUGCAAGCACUGUCAGGACAAAUACACAGAAACAAUGCAGAUCAACAUCAAACAGUAAUUUAGUUUAAAUGAAAGGAAAUCUCUUUAAUGUUAUGACAACAUACUCCCAAGAAUCUCUUCUUCAGUUAGUAUACAUUUCAAUAAAAUAAAGGGUAAUGAAUUAAGUGGAAGUCAGCUUGUGAAAUCUUAAAAAUAAAACUCUGACUCUAUUAAUCCAUGCCAGUUAAACAAUGUAACUAAAUUUCCAAGUGCAAAGGAGAUGAAGCAGUCAGUGACCCUUUUUGUUUAACCAGCCAAAAAGAAUGCUUCCUAGGACACAGCAGGCAGACUGAUCUAGAACACAGUGUAGUAAGUUCAUCUCAAAUUGUGCUAAACGCUCAUCAUUAGUAUGGCACAUUUGGUCCAUGAUGUAGUUUAAUGUCAAGACAUACCACAAUUUGUUACAGAAACACAUAGAUAACUGUUGUUUUUAAAUAUAUAUAUGUAUAUAUAUAUUUUAAAAAGCCAGGUAUACUUCCACAUACAAAGAAAGGUCCUGGGGAGGAAUUUAUAGGAAGUAGUCUGGGGUACGCCGGGUCACAUGAGGCUCUCCACGACGAGGUGCUGGGUCAAACUGAAGA